AUGCAUCGCGCGUGCUUCGGCGCGCGGAGGCUGCUCUGCACCGCCGGGCGCGGCGCAGGGCCGCGCAGCCCCGGUGUAACGGGCAAGGCGCGCGUGGCCCCCGCGGCCUCGCCGCAGCUCCUCCGGCCCCCCGCCGCGCCGCCCGCCUGGCACGGGCGGCCGGGCGUCUCGAGAGGGGCGGCCGCGGCGGCGGCCGCCUCCGAGGCGCCGGCGGGCGCCUCGGCGCUGCCCCCGCUGCCCCCGCUGGUGGACCAGGUGCUGCGCGGCGUGGGCCAGGUGGUGUUCUGCAACAGCCCGCUGUCCGGCGGCCUGCUCACCGCGGGGCUCUUCUACGGCGGUGGCCCACAGCUCGCGGUCCUCGCGCUCGUCGGCUGCACCUCGGCCACGGCCACGGCGCGCCUCGCGGGGGCAGACCCCGAGGCCAUCAAGAACGGCCUGCUGGGGUACAACGGCGCCCUCGUGGGCUGCGCCUUUUCCGUCUUCCUCGGCGCGGCCGCGGAGCCGACGCUGGUCGCGACGGGCCUCGGCGGCGCAGCCUCCGCGCUGCUGGCCUCCCGGCUGGGGGCCCUGACGGCGCCGGUGCCGCAGUGGACGCUGGCGUUCAACGUCACGGCGCUCGCGCUGCUGCUGUUCGUGCGGCCGCUGGCCGACGCCGGCCCCGCGGAGGAGGGCGAGGCGGCGCCGGCCGUGGCGGCCGCCUCGUCGCUGGGCCCGGAGGAGUGGCUCACGUCCGCGCUCGUGGGCGUGUCGCAGAUAUUCGUCGUGGACAGCCCGGCCGCCGGCCUGCUCAUGCUCGCCGGCAUCGCCGCGUACAGCCCCGGCGCCGCGGCCGCGACUGCCCUGGGCUCCCUCCUGGGCAUCGCUUCUGCAGUGGCAUAUGGGGCCGACGCAGAGGAAGUGCGCCACGGGCUGUGGGGCUUCAACCCCGCGCUGACGGCGCUCGCCGUCUCCGUCUUCUUCGCGCCCGUGCCCUGGGCGCCAGCCCUCGCCCUGGCGUGCGGCGGAGCAUUGGCGACGGCGGGGGCGGCAGCGGUCCUCAAGGCGGCCCUCGCGGGGGCCCUCGGGGUGCCCGCGCUGACGCUGCCCUUCUGCGCCGUGGCCUCGGGCUGCUACCUGCUGGCCGGGCGCGCUCCCGGCCUCGCGCUCGCCGCGGCGGCGCAUUCGCCUGAGGCGAACCUCCGUGCGCUGCGCGCCGCUGCCCGCUGA